GCCCACCUGCACCACGGCCCCAGAAGCUUCAAAGAAACGACAAAAUUAUAAUUUAAUAUAAACAUAAAAUACUUCAAACGACACACAUCUUAACCUCCCAUCUAUGACUAUGACUUAUAUUAUGUCACAUGAUCACAUCUCAUAUAUAUAUAAAUAGAUCUGACCAGUUAAGAAACAUGUAUCCAAUCAAAGCCAUUGUAUUCACUCAAUAAUCCAAUAAACAUGUCGAGAAACCUAAUCAUGACAGACACUGAUUUGGCACUAUUGGAUUCAAUAAGCCAAUAUCUUCUACAAGAUGAUUUCAAUUUGUCUAACGUGAGCUGUAGUUUCAAUGUCGGUAGUAGUAUAUCUAGUCCUCCACCACCUCCCAUCACCGACGGGGCAUCAACUGAUCAUGGCUGCUCUCUAGAGGUGGCGCGUGAGAGGAAGAUUCCGGUAAUGCAUUUUCGGGGUGUGAGGCGCCGGCCAUGGGGGAAGUACGCAGCUGAGAUUAGAGAUCCCAAGAAGAAUGGAGCCAGGGUGUGGCUUGGGACCUACGAGACGGCUGAGCAUGCGGCUUUGGCUUACGACCGAGCCGCUUUCCGCAUACGUGGCUCCAAGGCUAAGCUUAAUUUCCCUCAUCUUAUCGGCUCCGAUGAGCUGGAGCUGGCGCGAGUAACUACCAAGCGUCGAUCGCCGGAGUUGUCUGCGUCUACGUGUGAUGAGGGGUCUUCUAAGCCCAAACGAACGAGGAGUAUGGAGUUGGGUAACGUUAAGGUCAAAGCAGAGUUAGAUGAAUCUGAUUGGUUUAAUUUAUGUCAGGUGGAAACAUCUGAUUGUUGGUAGCCUUUUCUUAGUCCUUCGAUUCAUGUAUAUACCAAAGACAAAUGAUUCUCGUUCAUUCAUUCAUUCAUUUAAAUUUUUCUUUAAAAUAAAAGCUGUAAAGAAAUAUAAAUGAGUUGAUUUUAUCGA